UUAUUAACCUAUUACUCGAGUAUUUAGGCUUUUACACUAUGAUAUAUGGAGAGCAUAUAAGUCAAUGCGACGGAAUUCAUGUUGACCAGCUUUUCCCUGCCGCCUCCUCCCCUUUCCCUCUCCGCCAGACCUUCAACUAAAAGGUACUGAAAUGGGAUUCACACCCAGAAAAUAGAUUAAAAGAAGAACUGCACUUCCCACACCACCUUUACUUUUUCUCUCAUCAUCCAUCUCAUUACACUGCUGCGCUGCAUUAUGUAGGUAGAAUGGAGACUAAAAUAAAAGGACAUGAGGAAGGGUGCAGUAGGAUGGAGGUUUCUUAUGAUGCUUAUUCUUCUUCAAAUCUCUCAAGAAGGGGAAGCUUUGGAAAACCUUCUUGGCUUCUUUGCUCUGUUGCAGAUUUGGAUGAGAGGAUGAAGCUGUUGGGGUUGAACUUGACAGGGGAAGGCAGUGAUAGUGCAGAUGACAGUUUUGCAAAACGUGCAGACUGCUACUACCAGCAACGUCCUCAGCUAAUUGCUUUGCUCCAAGAUUUGUACAAUAGUUACCUAUCCCUGGCUGACCGUUACUGCCAGUCACUGUCGAAGACUCACCACCACCACUCCGCUCUGUCCAUUCACUUUGCCGACAUCCACCAAGAUCUCGACCGGGGGGGAGACAAUGCCAUUGAUUCAUCUGAUGAUGCCGAGAGCUCUCUAUCUUAUCAACCACCACUGGGCCAGUUCCAUCACCAUCAAGCAAAAGCUGGGGACCCAGAUAUGAUCAUUGCUGACUUAGUGAUGAAAACGGUUGAGUGUGACAUGAUCCUUCAUGAGCUGGAGCAGUUGGAGAGACGCGGGGUGGAGUCGUCUAGGAAGAUGGAGUUGCAGAGGAGCCUGCUGGAUGUGCUUGAGGCCGAGAGGUUGAUUUUACUGAACGAGAACGCUAGGCUCGGGUACCAGGUCUCUGAGUUGGUGGAGGAGAACCAAGGGCUGGCAUCCGAGACUACUUUCAUGAAGAGGAAGGCAGCUGACCUGGCAAGGUGCCUGUUGAAAAUGAGGGAGGACCACAGGGUUUUUGUGCUCAGCCGGAAGCUGGAGGAGCUUCAAGGGCAGAUACAAGGGCUGGAGAAGAGGAAUAGGGAGUAUUAUGAGCAGCUGGUCAAGCAUGAUGAAGUAGAGAAGAAGAGGAACAACAGCGGAAAGAAGGUGAAAGGCUUUAAAGGGUGCUGUUUUCAAGUCCAUGAUGGAGUCUUUGCUUCUUCUUCUUCUUCUUCUUCAUCCUCUUCCUCUUCUUCGGCUGCUUGGUUUAGUAGCAGUGGUGGGUCAGCUGGUGGUAAUUUCGCUGGUGUCAAGAAAAAAAUCGUUCAACAUGGGAACAAUGGCAGUGGCAAAGGGCUGUUGGAGAGGUUCAAGAAGUUUGAAAUCUUUCCAUGUGGACCUCACUAAUUUCAUCUCACAGACUAUCGUACUACUUAAGCAAAACUCUAUUUAUGACCAUUGAUGUAGUAAUGUAGUUAGAGGCAGGUCAAUUAACCAAAGGAAAGAGGAAUGAACUUGAAGGCAUGGCCAACUAGUUUAAUUGCUCUUAUAUUGGCAAAAAUGAGCGCCUUUUUUGUACACUAUAAUAGUUGGCAACUGAGUAGUAAACAAUCCUUUUGAAGACAAUGUGAUGUUUAGUAGCACUUAUAUAUACUGAUCCGAUCGUUCCGUACUUCAAAAAAGUACCAAUCUAUGUUGGAGCGGUCUGUUGCACCCAUUAGGCAUAUUUCUCCUUGAGCUUAGCAAUCCGAA